AUGUCCAAGUCCCUCGUCGAGAUAAGCUCCAAGGAGCAGUUCGACAAGACGCUCAAGAGCUCCAAGAUUGUCGUCGCCGACUUCUACGCCAACUGGUGCGGCCCGUGCAAACAGAUCGCGCCCCUCUACCAGACGCUCGCCGAGUCGCUCUCGCGCCCCAGCAUCGUCACCUUUACCAAGAUCAACAGCGAUGACAACCCCGCCCUCGCCCAGGAGUACAGCGUCACUGCCCUCCCAACGUUCAUUCUGUUCCGCGACGCCAAGGUCACUCAGAAGAUUCAAGGCGCGAACCCGGCCGAGCUUAAGAAGGUGGUUCAGGAGCUCGCGGCCGAAGUCGAGUCGCUCGGCGAGAGCUCCGGAAGCGGCGGCAGCGUAGGCGCUGCCUGGAAGGGUGCCGAGAUUCCUCGAGGCUACAGCGACAUCUCGGACCAGGUUGAAAUCCGCAACUGCGAGCUCCUCAACGCCGAUGAAGACGCCGGCCCGGUCAAGGUCCUCCUCACUGACUCGAGGCCCACCGCCCUCAACAAAGAGAAGGCGGCGGCCGCCAAGGACAAGGACUGGGUACAGAGCGGUGCCGACGAUCAGCUGCUUCUCUUUAUUCCCUUCCAGUCCUCCGUGAAGCUUCACACGCUACAGAUCACGUCGAUUCCUCCCGAUGGCCAGGACGACAUCACGAGGCCUGAGGUCAUUCGGCUGUACAUAAAUCGCACACAGAACAUGGACUUUGCCGAGGCGGACGAGACGGAGCCCACACAAGAGGUCACGUUGAAGCCCGAAGACUGGAACAAGGACGGCACGACAAACAUCAGUCUGCGAUAUGUCAAGUUUCAGAAGACGACGACAUUGGUCGUCUACGUCCAAAGGGGCGUCGAAGGCGCCGAAGCCGUGCGCAUCGACAGGCUGAAGCUCAUUGGCGAGGCUGGUACGAAGCGAGAGAUGGGUAAGCUGCAAAAGGUGGGCGAGGACGAAUAA